UGAACCUGCGACGGUCAUAAAUAUGAAGCUCGGCGCCAGGAGACAUACAGUCAGUGCUCAACUCUCGUCCGAUCGUCAGUUUCUGUGCAAGAUGAAGGCAUUUUUUAUUUUUGUGGCCCUUUCCGUAAUACACAGCACCAGAGCUGAAGAGGGUUUCUUACCCUCCUUCAUCCACCCGUGCAAUAUAGAUGAUUCAAAAUUCGCUGAAUGCGUGAAAGAACAAAUAUUGGAAUGUCUUCCGCACUUCACCAAGGGUAUCCCGGAGUACGGCGUGCCUUCCAUAGACCCAGUGGAUCUCAACGACAUCAUCAUAGACGGGAAUGGACUCAAGCUGAAAUUCACUGACGCUCAGAUGCACGGCCUUAGCAAAAUUGAUCUGACCGGUUUUAACCUGCAGCUGGGUGACAAGCAGGAAUCAUUUGAACUUAAAGUUAAAGGAAAUUUAAGUUUAACAGCACAGUACCAAGCUGACGGUCAGAUUUUAAUACUCCCCAUCAGAGGUCACGGCGACGCUUUGAUUGACUGUGACGGCAUCGAAGUCCAAAUCAACAGUAACCUGAGCCACGUGAAGGACGAUAAGGGCACGCAUUUCAAACUUGUGGCACCAAAUUACAAGUACGACAUCACAACAACGAAGAUAGACCUCAAGAACUUGUUCGACGGGAACAAGCAACUCGCUGAAACUACAUUGAAAUUCGCCAACGAGAACUGGCGGCAGUUGAUGGACGACCUCGCACCGCCAGCUAUCAAACAAAUCGUCAAGACUAUCAUCAAGAGCAUCAAUAAAUUCUUCUCGAAAGUAACUAUUCAACAGAUCAUACACGGAUAUGAUGAAAAACAUUGAUUUUUAUUUAAUAUAAACCAGUUAAAUGUCAUUUAUCUGUCAGUCGUAAAUUAUUAUUAUAAAUUUAAUAAAAAUAUUAUAUACGGACAA